UCUUCCCCCGGACAAAAACCACUAAAGUAGAACAUAACGUCAAAACGGGAAAAAGUAAAAAAGAAUUUUAAAAAAUAUAUAUUUUUUCGAAAGUGGUGUGCCUUCCACAAAACUGCACAGUCAAUGGCCGUUCUUCCGCCAUUGAAGUAGUCCCUGUACUUCUCCUCCGUGGAAUUCCCCUAGAGAAUAGAUCUGUAGCAUCAAUGGAGAAGAAGACGACAUCCAUUACCUUGUUUUGUCUUCUACUUGUUUGCCCUUUCCUGUGUUCUUCUGUUGAAGACGAUGUGCUGUGUCUCGAAGGCCUCAAGAACUCGCUCCAAGACCCCUCGGGUCGACUUGGUGGCUGGUCCUUCUCCAACUCGAGCUCCUCGGCGGUUUCGAUUUGCAAGCUCACCGGCGUUUCUUGCUGGAACGAAAAGGAGAAUCGCAUUAUCUCUCUGCAGCUCCAGUCCAUGCAACUCGCGGGUCAGAUUCCCGAGUCGCUCAAGUUCUGUCGCAGUUUGCAGUAUCUGGAUCUCUCCGACAAUGGUCUUUCAGGACCGAUUCCUUCGCAAAUCUGCUCAUGGUUGCCUUAUCUGGUCACUUUGGAUCUGUCCGGCAACAAACUCGGCGGUUCGAUCCCGUCCCAGAUCGUGGAGUGCAAGUUCUUGAACAGCUUGAUUCUUGACGAAAAUAAGCUGUCAGGUUCGAUCCCCAUGGAGCUCAGUCGGUUGGACAGACUCAGGCGUCUUUCUCUCGCCGACAACGAUCUCUCCGGAUCAAUUCCCUCCGAGCUUUCCCAUUUCGGUAAAGACGACUUCAGCGGAAAUGACGGCCUUUGCGGGAAACCCUUGUCGGGAUGCGGCUCGUUGAGCGGUAAAAAUCUUACAAUUAUCAUAGUCGCCGGCAUUAUCGGUGCUGUUGGGUCCUUGGUCGUGGGUUUUGCAAUACUGUGGUGGUUCUUCAUCAGAGACGGUAGCAGGAAUAAGACAGGUUACGGCGUUGGAAAAUCUAAGGAAGAUGGUGACUGGAUCGAUUUACUGAGAUCACACAAGCUCGUUCAGGUAACGUUGUUUCAGAAACCAAUUGUAAAGGUCAAAUUGGCUGAUUUAAUGGCGGCUACGAACAAUUUUAACACGGGAAAUGUAGUUGUUUCCUCGAGAACUGGGGUCUCCUACAAAGCUGUUUUGCCUGAUGGGUCUGCACUUGCAGUCAAGAGGCUUAGCUCUUGUGGGCUCGUUGAGAAGCAGUUCCGGUCGGAGCUGAAUAGGUUAGGUCAGCUCAGGCAUCCGAAUUUGGUGCCGCUUUUAGGUUUUUGUGUUGUGGAAGAUGAGAGAAUGUUGGUUUACAAGCACAUGCCCAAUGGAACAUUGUGUUCUCAGUUGCACGGCGAUGGAUUCUGCAAUGGCGGUCAUCAAGCUGGUGGUGGUUUAGAUUGGCCAACACGGCUUAGGAUCGGAGUUGGUGCAGCUAGAGGGCUAGCUUGGCUGCACCAUGGUUGCCAACCUCCGUAUAUGCAUCAGUACAUUAGUUCCAAUGUAAUUCUGCUUGACGAAGAUUUCGAUGCUCGGAUUACUGAUUAUGGUUUGGCAAGGUUGGUGGCUUCUCGUAACUCAAACGAUAGCUCGUUCAACAAUGGUGAUCUGGGUGAGUUAGGUUACGUGGCUCCUGAGUACUCGAGCACGAUGGUCGCUUCCUUCAAAGGGGACGUGUACGGGUUUGGAAUCGUGCUUCUGGAGUUGGUUACUGGGCAAAAACCUCUCUCUAUCAACAAUGGAGAGGAAGGGUUAGGGUUUAAAGGGAGCUUAGUUGACUGGGUGAGCCAGUAUUUGAGCACUGGUAGAAGCAAAGAAGCUAUUGACAAAAGCAUAUAUGGUAUAGGCUAUGAUGAUGAGAUAAUGCAGUUUUUGAGAGUGGCAUGUAGCUGUGUGGCCUCCAGACCGAAGGAAAGGCCAUCAAUGUGCCAGGUUUACGAAUCUCUGAAGAACAUGGCAGAUAAACAUGGUCUGUCCGAGCAUUACAACGAAUUUCCGCUCAUCUUCAACAAACAAGACCAGGAGUAAAGCAUCUACACUUUUGUACGAAAUGAUCGAAAGGCUUUUCCUUUUUCCUCGUUCUCUGCUCUCAUGGCUGUUGUUCUCACUUUAACCAUGCCCCCUCCCCCCCUGUUUUAAUGGUCUUUGUCAUGUAUCAGUAUAAUUCUUCUGUACAUCCUCUUGGAGUGUUUAGCUCUGAUGGAAAUGAAAAGAAAUCUGCCUAA